AUGUCUAUUGUGGACUCGAAAAGAAUUUUGGCGACUGCCGAGACGGAGGACGCCGAAUCUCUCUGCAACGUCCCUCCUCCAUACGAGCUGCACUCCGCCGGUGCGCUGUUAUCUAGCGAGGCUGCAAUUCAGUCUGACGGCCAUGUGAACAUCAACUUCCAGUCGCAGAACCCAGGGGAACUGUGGGAGCAGCUUCCCCCUUUCCCCGCAGCCGAGGAUACUGCGUUGCCGAACAUCAACCUCAAGCCCGUACCCUUCCUUAACGUCGUGAUACAGGUUGUAGGUAGCCGGGGUGACGUUCAGCCAUUCAUAGCACUUGGCACAGCUCUCCGUCGUUACGGCCAUCGGGUUCGCCUAGCCACGCAUGACACCUUUUCCAAAUUCGUGAUCGACUCUGGCUUAGAGUUCUUCCCGAUUGGCGGAGAUCCCGCCGACUUGAUGUCGUACAUGGUCCGAAAUCCUGGUCUGAUUCCUUCCAUGGAGUCUCUUAAGGGCGGCGAUGUGGGGAAGAAACGACGAAUGAUACGUGAAAUGCUCCACGGAUGCUGGCGUUCCUGCAUUGAUCCUGAUCCCAUCAGCAACCGACCGUUCGUAGCCGACGCCAUCAUCGCGAACCCCCCAAGCUUCGCCCAUGUGCAUUGUGCGCAAGCCCUCGGCAUUCCAGCUCACAUCAUGUUCACCAUGCCCUGGACAGCGACUCGUGCUUUCCCUCACCCACUAGCAAACAUCCAACGCAGCAAGGACCUGGAGCUACAGGUCACCAAUUGGCUGUCGUAUGGAGUCGUCGAAUUGAUGACCUGGCAGGGUCUGGGCGAUGUUAUCAACAACUGGCGAAGGAAGGAUCUCCAGCUCGCGCCGAUUCCUGCCAGCAUGGGUCCAGGCGUGACAACGUUUCUCAAGAUCCCGCACACAUACUGCUGGUCACCGGCCGUGGUUCCCAAGCCUGCAGACUGGGGUCCAGAAAUUGACGUUUGCGGCUUCUUCAUGCGCGACGAGCCGUCCUACAAGCCACCUGCCGACUUGAACGCCUUUCUUUCAGCCGGUCCGCCUCCAUUGUAUGUUGGGUUCGGUAGUAUCGUUAUCGACGACCCAGGGCGUUUGACAGACGUCAUCCUCGAGGCCGCAGGUAUUUGCGGCAUCCGUGUCAUCAUCUCGCGAGGAUGGAGCAAGCUCGGCGAGGGAAAGUCAAACACAGACAGCGUGUUCUAUCUCGGAGAUUGCCCACACGAGUGGCUGUUCAAACGAGUGUCAGCCGUGGUGCAUCAUGGAGGAGCUGGAACGACAGCUUGUGGCCUGAUCAACGCGAGACCGACUAUCAUCGUGCCGUUCUUCGGCGACCAGCCGUUUUGGGGCCGGGUCAUUGCAAAGUCAGGAGCAGGACCCUUACCGAUUCCUCAAAGGGAGCUCCACACGCAGAAGCUCGUGGAGGCUAUUCAGUAUUGUCUUUCGCCCGAAGCAAAUCGUGCGGUCCAAGAAGUAGCCAGCGCCAUGCGUCGAGAACGCGGCGUCGAUACCGCCACAGCAUCGUUCCAUCGUAACAUUCCUGCCAGCGAUCUCGGCUGCGAUCUACUUUCUGGUCAGCGCGCCGCCUGGCUAUUUGAGAAGCAGUCCAAAACGGGCGCCAAGCGGAUGAGACUGUCGAAUCAAGCAGCAUCGUCUCUGAUUGUUGCGAAGAAGAUAAAGAUGUCUGACUUGAAGCCUCUGCGAACGAAGGAAUACGACACCGAUGUGAAACGAUGGGAUCCCAUCACCGGUGGUGCCUCUUCACUCCUAGGCACCGUCACCGACUUCACCGUCGCUCUGGGCGGCACCUUCAUCGAUCCAUGGAAGGAAUACAAGCGUUCUCGGGCGUCUGGUAAUGAGGCCGGCUCGGCGAGUGGUGCAGCCGCAAUGGCUGUGGGUAAGGGAUUUGCCUCCAUGUCUGGAGCGAUCGUCAAGGGCGGCCUUGUGAGCAUGCCCCUCGCCAUCACAGAAGGCCUUCACAACGCUCCCAAUCUGUACGGCGACAAGGUACGAGACAAUGGCAAGGUAGAAGACUGGAAGAGCGGAGGAGUUGUAGCCGCAAAGACCUUUGGAACCGGAUUCUAUGACGGACUGACGGGUGUCUUCACCGAUCCCUACAAAGGCGCGAAGGAAGGAGGUGCUCUUGGUCUAGCAAAGGGAGUUGCCACGGGGUCCUUCGGCCUUAUUCUCAAGCCAGGAGCUGCAAUGUUUGGACUCGUCGCAUACCCUGCUCAAGGAAUCCAUAAAUCCCUCAAGGCAAGAACCGGUCGCAGCCAUGAAGUUUUGAAGGCGAAAACCGCGCUCCUGGACUACGACCAACGACUGAACAACGGGAACCCCCGCGACGGAAGCAAGGUCCUGCAGGUGUUCGACGCCUACUUUACGCAAUAG